AUGCCUCAACGCAAGACCCAGGUUCGGAUCGACCACGGAACGAGUUCUUCGUCAACUAGCUCGUCCGUGGACUCCAUAGACAGUGAGAGCACUAGUGUUGCGUAUGAGUCACCAUCAUCGGAAUACUCGCCCCGACGCCCCGCGCGAGGAUGUGCGUCACAGAAGCGGCGGUUAUACCCGCCGUCGAAAGGAAAGACAUCUUCUUCUGAACAUCGUCAUAUAGACAGAGCUCCGAAGAACGAGGCUCCCAAAAGGCGGUCCCCAGCAUCUGAUCUCCCACAGAUCCGUCGACGGCCAGUUAAGCCCAAAGUAGACACAAGUGAUGAGAGUAUGGACGACGACUUUGGCUACUUUCCGCGAUUAGGACAUGGCGGGUUUCCUAUGCCGCCAUUUAACCGUGAUUAUUACAAUCGAUAUAGUAACGGCUCUGGGCAGAAUUGCUUCUCCACUUACGGAGGUUUUGGACCGAUUCCGCCUACUCACAAUCCGUUCAACCCUAUGAUGACAGGAGCAGGCUUAUAUAACUCGCCAGCCCCCCCUCUUCCACCACAUUUACAACAGUAUGCAAUAAACCAUGCAUCUACGCUCCCUCCAACCGAUAUUUUAGGCCCGCCAAAAGCCCCUGCACCUCCAACUGAGUCUCCCCGGCAGGAGCUGACAGCUCGGGAAUCCAUCAAUCUAGAAAUCGAGAGUUUGAAGCGCGAACUAGACAUGAGAAGGGAAGAGCUCCUGGCUAAGGAAAAUGCAGAGAAGCAGAAAGCAGAGAUCGAAAAGCUCCGAAAGGAGAUAGAAGGAGAGUUCCAAAUCAAGCUGGACGCAUUCAGGAAAGCCGAAGCAGAGGCAAGGCAAGAAAUUGAGAAGGUAAAAGCCGAGGCCGAAGCGGCGGCUCGAAAGGCCAUUGAAACCGAAGUAGAAGCCGGCGCUGAACGUGCACGUUUGCAUCUGGAAGCUGUUGAACAUGCCAAGAUAAAAGCCCGAGAAGACCUUAGGAAGGAGUUAGAGGCCGAGCUUGACAAGAAAGAACGAGAAGAGGCAAAAGAGCGUUCCUUGAAGCUAGCUGAGGAGAAACUGGCACAAGAGCUAGAGAUUCAGCGCAGGCGGCGAGAAGAAGACGAGGUAACAAGGAAUCGGCUUCUUGCAGAGCUCAAGGAGCAAAUUCGAGCAGAAUUGAUGGAAGAGCAGAACAUUGCUCUAGGGUCGACUAGGUCACCCCGCCAGUCCAGAGAGUCAUUCCAACAAACAACUGAGACGCCGAGCGAUUCAACAGUUGAUCCAUUUGAAUUCUUCGAAGGCUAUUCAACGCCACAUCCUGUUCAGGACGAGCCUGUUGAACCUGAUGAGAUGCAUUCUCUGCACGGGCAACUGCCCGCCUUCUGGUCCCAUCAGAUCGCGGUGUCAAAUGACAGAAACCACAGCUAUGCACCAACGCAACAACAUAUGUCCUUGACAUCUGAGCAUCACGAUAAGUGUCGAUACUAUAAGCCUCCUUAUUGCCAGGGCCUGCCUGAAUCUGAAGUAGAUAUCUACUCCCAACACCGAUGUUGCGGGAACAGUUGUUGUGCCAGGCCUAGACUUCCCUGUGAUGCAUCAAAUGAGGAAGAUUCGGACAAAGUAACAGUAAUCCCGUUAUCUAGACCCAGACCGACGGACAGCAAGCCCAUGGAAAAGGGGAUGGAGAACCUAAAACUGGCAAGUAGCAGCGCUGCUACCAUGAACGCGACUCCAGGUACACCUCCGCAACCAAACAACAAGACCGCCGACAGACUUGGAAAGCAAAGGGUCGCCAAUUGGGCGGUGCCCCCUUUUGGAGACUUAACUAAGGAUGCUUCGAAGGCUGAUGGCGACCUGGAAGUUGAGAACCUGCCAGACGACGUGCUGGACGCUGAUGGCGGAGCCGAAUUGGGAAGUCGCCGUUCUCUACAACCAAGCACGACACAGUUUAUCCCUAGCCAGAUGUCAAAUGAAGGCGAUGAAAUCAAAAGACGGCUAUACAUGCAACAAUCGAGUAGCCCGAGCCCGGUCCGUCACCAGGCGACCCGGGACAGCCCUCUGUUGCCUUUCUUGGCUAAACAUCUCUCCGAUUAUGAGGAGACUCUAUCCAGAGAUUCGCGGCACCAGCGAGUCGACAACAAGGAGCCCCAACUAUUCGACAGAAGAAAUCACCAGGACUUUUUCAAUCCAUCUUUUCAUAACUUUGGUUUUAGAGAAGGGCCGAAAGAAGACAUGCCAGAUCCGAUGAGGCGAUAUUCCGUGGGCCGGCCUGGCGAGUGGCAAACAGCUGGCCAUCAAUCGUGGUGGCCGAACACAACCCUGAGAGCAAUCGACCAUGAAGGUGGAAUUCCAAUGGCUCUUGUUCCAUGUGUUGUGGUCCCUCUGCAAAUGGUACAGCUUCCCAUGCCGGCCCUGCCUUACCAGGGGCUACCAAAAAGACAUUACUAUCAGCAGUGA